CUGCUCGACUGGUCGUCCGACCCGUUCCACAAUCGCACCGUGUUGACGCUGGCGGGCGACGCUCCGGGUGUGACCGCCGCGUUGCUCGCGGUCUAUGAGGUGGCGGCAGCCACCAUCGACAUCCGGCGGCACCACGGCGUGCAUCCCAGGGUCGGCGCGGUCGACGUCGUGCCGCUGGUGCCGCUGGCGGGCAUCUCGAGCGGCGCAUGCGUGGCGCUCGCCCGCGCGCUGGGGCGCCUUGUCGCGGAACGUUUCGGCGUGCCCGUUUUCCUGUACGAAGACGCCGCCACGCGCCCGGAGCGGCGCGCCCUGGAGAAUAUCCGGCGCGGACAACUCGCGGGCCUCACCCGCCGCAUGAAUCAGCCGCAAUGGCGUCCGGAUUUCGGUCCGCGCACACCUCACCCGGCCGCAGGCGUUUCGGUCAUCGGCGCGCGAUCGAUCCUCAUCGCGUUCAACGUCAACCUCGCGACGGACGACUUGACCGUCGCCCGGGAAAUUGCCCGGACUGUGCGGGCAAGCGGAGGUGGUCUCCCCCACGUAAAGGCUAUCGGCGUGCAACUUGGCGGCGGCCGGGUGCAGGUAGCGAUGAACCUCACGAACUACUGCCAGACGCCCCUGCAGCGCGCAUUCGACGCGGUCAGACUGGAAGCCGCGCGCCGCGGCGUCGCCGUUGCCGGCAGCGAACUGGUCGGCCUCAUACCCGCCGACGCGCUGGACGCCGCCGGCGCCCACCACCUGCAACUCGAAGAUUUCGGGCCGGAACGACUGCUGGAAACGCACCUGGGCGGUCCGCUCGCAACACCCGGGGCGCCCUGGGAGUCCUAG